UUCCACACUUUCACUCGCUGAUACAACCCAAUCUGACCGGGGAUCAGUUACAAAUUAAUUCCACUCUUUCAAUCUCAACUCGUUCUUAGAAAACUGAUCUUGAUUCAGUGCGAUGUAAACAACCUGCUCUAUGCCCACCCACCUUUAUCUUUAGCCAAUCUACACAGUGCAUGCGGCCUUCUCCCAAUCAUUACAUUAAACAACUUUUACUUUAUUCUGAUUGGAUAAUUAUCACCAUAAUGAUUAAUGCCCAUUGUGUAAUACGGGCUAGAUCGCAGUUUGACAACAAGGGGUGCUGCCACCAACAAGGGGUGCUGCCGCACCCUCAGCACCCCUACUUCCCGCGCCUAUGCCCGUUGUUGUUGUGGCGCAGAUGUUUCCUCCAUGUAAAACUUUUGGUAUGGACUCUGCUAUGAAUCCGUGUGAGGACAGAGAGGAGGGAGUCCCUGCCUCUAAAACCACUCUGUGUGGGGAAGAUGACAGCCACACCAAAGCUCAGGGAAUGCAUCAGCAGAGACCAGACUCUCCUGGACCUGGAUUAGGAUCUGGAUCCAGCUGUGUGCCCCUAGAUAGUGACAGGUCUAUGGGUCGCUUUGAGGAGUUUAAUAGAUCACCUCCUGAUGGAAGACUUCAGCAGCAGAGUUCAGAGGGUCUCGGUGGUCAGUCUGCCCAGCAGCAUCAAACAGACCUGGACUCCAUAUUUAUGCUGUUGGAUGAGAACAUUGUCACUUUCGUGAAGAACGAGCUGAAGAGAGUCCAGAGGGUUCUGAAUCCAUUUUACCCAGAAUGCUUAGAGAUUCAAAAGGAGGGUGAGGAGGUGUUGGACAAUGAAGACAGAGAGCAGAGAAGGAGCAGCAGAGAGGCAUUUCUGAAGAUCGUACUGCACUUCCUGAGGAGAAUGAAACAUGAGGAGCUGGCUGACUGUCUGCAGAGCAGGACUCAUGCUACAGUGUGCCAACAUGAACUCAAGUCUAAUUUCAAGGAGAAGUUCCAGUGUAUGUUCGAAAAAAUUGCCGAAGCAGGAAACCCAACCCUUGUGAAUCAGAUCUACACAGAGAUUGACAGCCCAGAGGGAGGGACUGCAGAGGACAAGGAUGAACACGAGUUCAGACAGAUUGAAACAGCAUCCAGGAAAGAAGACGGACAAGAACCAGCAAUCAGACAAGAAGACAUAUUUAAAUCCUCACCUGGAAGAGAUGAACCAAUCAGAACAGUGAUGACAAAGGGCGUGGCUGGCAUUGGGAAAACAGUCUUAACACAGAAGUUUACUCUAGACUGGGCUGAAGGCAAAGCCAACCAGGACAUCCAGUUCACAUUUCCAUUCACUUUCAGAGAGCUGAAUGUGCUGAAAGAGAAAAAGUACAGCUUGGUGGAACUUGUCCAUCUCUUCUUUACUGAAACCAAAGAAGCAGGAAUCUGCAGGUUUGAAGAGUUCCAGGUUGUGUUCAUCUUUGACGGUCUGGAUGAAUGUAGGCUUCCUCUGGACUUCCACAACAAUGAGAUCCUGACUGAUGUUACAAAGCCCGCCUCAGUGGAUGUGCUGCUGACAAACCUCAUCACUGGGAAACUGCUUCCCUCUGCUCGCCUCUGGAUAACCACAAGACCUGCAGUAGCCAAUCGGAUCCCUCCUAGGUGUGUUGACAUGGUGACAGAGGUGAGAGGGUUUACUGACCAACAGGAGGAGGAGUUCUUCAGGAAGAGAUGCGGAAAUGAGGAACAGGCCAGCAGAAUCAUCUCCCAUAUCAAAACAUCACAAAGCCUCCACAUCAUGUGCCACAUCCCAGUUUUCUGCUCCAUCGCUGCUACAGUUCUGGAUGAUGAGUUGAAAACCAAAGAGGGGGAAGAGCUGCCCAAGACCCUGACUGAGAUGUACAUCCGCUUCCUGGUGGUUCAGUCCAAACUGAAGAACAUCAAGUACGAUGGAGGAGCUGAGACAGAUCCACACUGGAGUCCAGAGAGCAAGAAGAUGAUUUUGUCCCUGGGAAAACUGGCUUUUGAACAGCUACAGAAAGGCAACCUGAUCUUCUACGAAUCCGACUUGACAGAGUGUGGCAUUGAUAUCAGCGAGGCCUCAGUGUACUCAGAAGUGUUCACACAGAUCUUUAAAGAGGAGAGAGGACUGUACCAGGACAAGGUGUUCUGCUUUGUCCAUCUGAGUGUUCAGGAGUUUCUGGCUGCUCUUCAUGUCCAUCUGACAUUCAUCAACUCUGGUGUUAAUCUGCUGUCAGAAGAACAAACAACCACCUGGUUUCAACUUAUAAACACACCCAAACCAACACAUCUCUACCAGAGUGCUGUGGACAAGGCCUUACAGAGUCCAAAUGGACACCUGGACUUUUUCCUUCGCUUCCUCCUGGGUCUUUCACGAGAGCCCAAUCAGACUCUCCUUCAAGGCCUGCUGACACAGACAGGAAGUAGCGCACACAUCUGUCAGGAAACAGCUGUGUACAUCAAGAAGAAGAUCAGUGAGAAUUUGUCUGCUGAGAAAAGCAUCAAUCUGUUCCACUGUCUGGAUGAACUGAAUGAUAAUUCUCUUGUGGAGGACAUCCAGCAGUACCUGAGUUCAGGAAGUCUCUCCACAGAUAAAUUGUCUCCUGCUCAGUGGUCAGCCCUGGUCUUUAUCUUACUGUCAUCAGAAAAAGAUCUGGAGGUGUUUGACUUGAAGAAGUACUCUGCUUCAGAGGAGGCUCUUCUAAGGCUGCUGCCAGUGGUCAAAGCAUCCACAAAAGCUCUACUGAGUGGCUGUAACCUCUCAGAGAGAAGCUGUGAAGCUCUGUCCUCAGUUCUCAGCUCCAAGUCCUCUCGUCUGAGAGAGCUGGACCUGAGUAACAACAACCUGCAGGAUUCAGGAGUGAAGCUGGUGUCUGCUGGACUAAAGAGUCCAUACUGCAGACUGAAAACUCUCAGUCUAUCAGGCUGUAUGAUCACACAGGAAGGCUGUGUUUCUCUGGCCUCAGCUCUGAGCUCCAACCCCUCCCAUCUGAGAGAGCUGGACCUGAGCUACAAUCAUCCAGAAGACUUGGGAGAGAAACUGCUGUGUGCUGGAAUGAAGGAUCAACAUUGGAGGCUGGACACUCUCAGGGUGGACCAUGGUGGACUGCAGAGACUGAAACCUGGUGUGAGGAAAUAUGUCUGUAAAUUGGAACUGGACACAAACACAGUACACAGAAACCUCCAACUGUCUGACAACAACAGGAAGGUGACAUAUGUGAGAGAGGAUCAGUCGUAUCCUGAUCAUCCAGACAGAUUUGUCUCCUGGCCCCAGCUGCUGUGUAGAAAUGGUCUGACUGGUCGCUGUUACUGGGAGGUCAAAUGGGAAGGAAGGGUUUAUAUAGCAGUGACUUACAGAGGAAUCACAAGGAGAGGAAACAGUAAAAACUGUUUGCCCGGAUGGAAUGAUCAGUCCUGGAGUCUGAAGUGCGCUGAUGAUGACAGUUUCUCCGUCUGCCACAAUAACAGCAGAAAACGCCUCUCCUCCUCUGUCUCUGACAGAGUCGGAGUGUAUGUGGACUGUCCUGCUGGCACUCUGUCCUUCUACAGUGUUUCCGCUGACUCACUGAUCCACCUCCACACCUUCAACACCAUAUUCACUAAGCCUCUUUAUCCUGCGUUUGUGGUCUCUUCUGGUUCCUCAGUGUCUCUGUGUUCUCUGCAGGUCUGAGAGUCUCUCCUGUGGAUAGAAAUGCUGCUGACUGAAGAUCAGCUGCUGAAUUCAAAGUUCACUCUGUUCACCACCACACACACUGUGCACUGUGAAGCAGAUCUGUCUUUGACUCAAACACAAAACAUUCAUUUGUCUGAUGUCAUCACUUUGAUUAUCAACAUUUCAACAGUUUUUUUUUUUUUUCAAGAUUAUUUUUUGGGCAUUUUCAGCCUUUAUUUUGAUAGCACAGCAGAAGACGUGAAAGGGGAGAGAGGGGGGGGAAUGACAUGCAGCAAAGGGCCGCAGGUCGGAGUCGAACCUGGGCCCGCUGCGUCGAGGAAUAAACCUCUAUAUAUGGGCGCCCGCUCUACCAACCGAGCUAUCAGGGCACUCAACAUUUCAACAGUUUAACAGUAACUAGAAACAUUUCAUGAUAUGUAGUCUCACAUCACCUGACCUUCCUCCACAGCACUGCGGAGGAAGGUCUGGCUUGUUCACACAGCAUUCCGGGAUGGGAGAAAAACGUGCUCUGGUUUAUUGGCAUUUCUUUAAACCAAUCACAAUUGUCAUGGGUGGCGCUAAGCGCUGGACACAAUAAUGUUGCCUCUACAAAAUAGCUUCAGGAAGGACCUUGUUUUGGUGGAACAAAAAAGUUGUUUUAGUUCUGCAACAAAAAAAACUCAGAUUGGACAGAUAGUCUGGCUAGCUGUCUUGAUUUACCGAUUUACCGACCGAAUCAACAGAUAACCAUAGUCCUUAUAAAUUGUCCGGAGAUAAGUAUGCCAACACAAACAAAGCAACAGGUGAGGGACAUCCGGCCGAAAAUGAGGGACAUUUGGCGGAUCUUCCCGCUGCACCGGAGCAAUCCCCUAAAUGAAUGGUCGUCGAUAUAGACUACAUUAUAUGUAACAUCUCAAAAACAACUACUUUUGGUAAUUUUCAAUUAUACUGUCAUAUAUUUAAAGCAGUUUUUUUUAAACACUCACCAUAUUUUCUAAUGUUUCUAAAUACUUUUAUUAAAAUCUUUGCUUUUUCUCCUGAGGGCCAGCUUUUGUUUAUAUAGUCACCUUAAUCAUUUCUGUCAUUACUUGACUCUCUUUACCCGCAUGUUAAAACGUUUAACAUCAUCAGCCGUGGUAGAAAAUGAUUAGACAUGAAUAAAUGUAUGUUUUUUGUAUAGUUAUGGUUUGGUAUUUUGAGAGGCCCCAGAGUUCUUCACACUUGUUAUGCUUUAUGUAAGGAGGCUGUGGGUGUCUGGAGGUUAAGAUAAGAUAAGAAAAAGACUUCUACAUGUUCCCAACUCCCAUGGUAAACAGUCUGGACCACAGGCUACACAACAUUGUUUUGCCUCCUCCCUGGUACCGUGAUCAUGCAUGAUUGUAUGAUAUGGGAUAGAUACACUGUAUAAGACUGAGUGAAGUUACUAUAGCUGUUUGGUGUAUUACGGUCCAUGGUUACCAGCUGUAUCAAGAUCUUUUCUGAUAUUAUAUUUUGUUGAAAUAAACUUAUAUGUUCAUGUAAUAACAA